CCACCCUGGACCCCUGCAUUGAGUACUGCAGACCUUACUUCACCAAGAACAUCCAUCACACCCAAACAGAGUUUGGAGGUACUGCCAUCUUCAGCUGCAUCGUCAAGGGCAACCCCAAACCAAACGUCACUUGGUACAAAGAUGGGCGGAGGAUUCAUCAAACCAACAAGAUGACAAUGCAUUUUGGAGAGAAAGGUCUUGUGAUCCUGAAGAUCCAUGAGUGUGAGCACAGAGAUAUUGGUCUGUACAAGUGUCAGGCUCACAGCAUGGCUGGAAGGUGUCAGAGCUCCGCUAAACUCAUCGUGUUUGGUGAUGGACAGCCGUCCUUUGGAAGCUGGGGCCACAAGGACACUAAAGUUGUCGACACAGGACCAUUGGGUCUGUCAGAGUUUACGGGAGACAGUGACAUUGUGCCCCUUAACACCAGAGAUAUACUUGUAUCAGCCCCCCAGGCUGUGUAAGUCCCUACCACAGACAAUGAGGGUCAAGGAGUGGCAGAUGUUGUUCUUUGAGUGCAAGGUUGAAGGAUUCCCCAAACCAACAGUGACAUGGCUGUGCAAUGGAGAGGAAUUGACCAACAAGGGCCAUGUGAAGAUCAUUGCUGUGAAGAACUACCACUCCUGUGAGAUAGCCAGGGCCUACGCAGAGAGAGAUACAGGCAAAUUCACAGUCCGCCUGAGUCAUCCCAGCGGCAGUGUCAUUGAGAGCAGCUGUGAGGUAGAGAUCCAGCAGGACAUCACUUUAUUAUCUGAUUUGAAAGAGAAGAAAAAGUCUGACCUUGUGCUUGAACGUGAGGCUAAAGCUGAACAAUUAGCUGCUAAAUAUGCCAAAAAAGCUGAAGAAGUGACAAAAUCUUCAAAAACUGAAACAACAGAGUCGGUGACAACUGUGGAAUCUGAAAAGGUAUCCGCUGUUGAAAAGACAGCAGAAGGGACAGCCGCUAAGGUUGUUGAGGAAGCUGUGGCAGAAGCUGCUGCUGUUGUUUCCAAGGAAACAGUAAAGGAACCAGCUCCAUCUGCUGAGACAGCCUCUGCACCUGUAGAAGCAGCACCUGAACCUGCACCUGAACCAGCUCCAGCUGCAGAACCUGUACCCGAACCUGCACCUAAAUCUGAGGCUGCACCUGCUCCAGCUGCAGAACCUGCACCCAAACCUGCACCGGAACCUGCACCUGAACCAGAGGCUGCACCUGCUCCAGCUGCAGAACCUGCACCGGAACCUGCACCUGAACCAGAGGCUGCACCUGCUCCAGCUGCAGAGCCUGCACCCGAACCUGUACCCGAACCUGUACCCGAACCUGCACCCGAGCCAGCAGCACCUGAACCAGCACCAGUUUCUGAACCUGUAGCUGAAGAAGCAACCAAAGCAGAUGCUGCUCCUGAGGUAGCAAAGGAAGAUGAAGUAGAUGCUGCUCCUCAACCUGAACCCUGUGAAUCCAGUGUCCCCGAAGAGAAAGAGCCUGCCUAUGUGAGUCCCGACUUUGUUACGAAACUUGAAAAAGAGUAUCGCUGCUUGGACACGGAUACUAACAUCAAAAUCCAGUGCCAAGUGGAGGGCAAACCUUUGCCCGAAGUGUCAUGGGUCAAGGAUAAUAAAAAGCUAAGCCCCAGUGAAAAUCUGACCGUUGAGUGGAAUGCCGAUUCUGGUAUAUCCACUCUCUGGUUUCAGAGUCUGACAGUGCAGGAUUCUGGGAAAUAUACCUGUAUUGCCUCGUCCUCAGCAGGAUCAUGUUCCUGCUCUGCAACAUUUACUGUAGACACUGCUGCAGCAAACCUUUCUUUGGCAGGAGUUAAGCCAGAGAGAGCCCCUACAGUAAAGAAAGGGUUGGAUAAGGAAUAUUCCUUUGUUACCACGGAUACCAAGGCCAAACUACAGUGUGAAGUGGACGGUCACCCCACACCAGAUGUCUUAUGGAAAAAGGACGGGAAGACCUUGGUCAAUGGAAGCAAACAUGGCAUUGAAUGGGAUGCAGCCUCUGGUAAAGCUACCCUGAAGUUCAAGAGUUUGACUGAAGCAGAUUCUGGUUGUUAUGAAUGUUCAGCUUCAUCUACCGCUGGCUCUGUGUCAAGUUCUGCAAAUAUUACUGUCAAAAAGCCUGAAAAGAAACCAACUGUUGUGGACGCUCUGAAAAAAGAAUACAGUUUUGUAGAGACCAAAGAGACUGUUCGUCUUCAGUGUAAAAUGGAGGGCAAUCCAUGUCCUGAGAUCUCAUGGACCAAAGAUGGGAAGGCAUUAGGAGCUUCAGAACAAAUGACAUUUGAGUGGAAUGCCAAAACAGGAGUAGCAGCACUUGUCUUUAAAGGAGUCAGUGUGUCAAACACAGGCAAAUACGAGUGUGUGGCCAAGUCUUCAGUUGGGACAACCAAAUCUGCUACAACAAUGACAGUUAAAGAGCCAGAAAGAGCCCCCUCAGUUGUGGAGCCACUGAAUAAAGAAUACAAUGCUUUGGAGUCUGAUGAAAAUGUCUGUCUUAAAUGCAAAUUGGAUGGAAACCCAGUUCCUAAAAUCUCCUGGACAAAAGACGGUAAGAAACUGUCAGCCAGUGACAACGUUAAAAUGGAAUGGGACGCUGCCACCUGUACAGCUUCUUUAGUAUUUAAGCAUCCGAAAUCUAGCGAUUCUGGAAAUUACGAAUGUGUAGCAAAAUCUUCUGCUGGUACAACAAAAUCUCCAACCACACUGACCAUCAAAAAACCAGAUGUUAUACCAACUAUUCAGAGGCCUCUAGAAAAGACAUACACCACUGUAGAAGGUGGAGAGUCUCUGCGGCUAAAAUGUCAAGUGGAUGGUUACCCAAGUCCUCAUGUGACCUGGAAAAAAGAUGAGAAAGAGGUUGUCCUUGGUGAUAAUGUUGCUAUGGAGUGGAACCCUGAGACUGGUAGCGCCGCCCUAGUGUUCAAACAGCCAAUGUGUGAGGACUCUGGUGACUACCAGUGUGUGGCCACUUCACCUGUGGGUACCACAAACUCUCAUACCACACUUACUGUCAAAAAACCAGAAAAAGUUCCGUCGGUUGUAGAACAGUUAGACAAGGUCUACGAUUGUCAGGAAGGAGGCGACAGUGUCCGUCUUACAUGUCAGGUGGAGGGCAACCCCAGUCCCACCGUCACAUGGCUAAAAGAUGGAAAGGAGGUUACUGCUGAUGGGAAUAUAAUAAUGGAGUGGGACCCUGAGACAGGUAGCGCCGCCCUGGUGUUUAAACGACCAACAUGUGAAGAUUCUGGUGACUACCAGUGUGUGGCCAAGUCACCUCUUGGUACCACAAACUCUCAUACCACACUUACUGUCAAAAAAGUACCUACGGUGGUUAAACCACUCAAUAAGGCAUAUGAGCCUGUAGAACGAGACCAAAAUGUCCGUCUUGUGUGUAAACUGGACGGAACUCCAGCUCCGGAGAUCACAUGGCUAAAAGAUGGUAAAAAGAUUGUCCCUGGUGAAAAUGUUGCUAUGGAAUGGGACCCUGAGACUGGUAGCGCCGCCCUAGUGUUCAAACAGCCAACAUGUGAGGAUUCUGGUGACUACCAGUGUGUUGCCAAGUCACCUCUCGGUACUACAAACUCUCACACCACACUUUCUGUCAAAAAAGUACCUACGGUGGUUAAACCACUCGAUAAGGCGUAUGAGCCUGUAGAAGGAGACCAAAAUGUCCGUCUUGUGUGUAAACUGGACGGAACUCCAGCUCCGGAGAUCACAUGGCUGAAAGAUGGUAAAAAGGUUGUCCCUGGUGAAAAUGUUGCUAUGGAGUGGGACCCUGAGACUGGUAGCGCCGCCCUAGUGUUCAAACAGCCAAUGUGUGAGGAUUCUGGUGACUACCAGUGUGUGGCCAAGUCACCUCUUGGUACCACAAACUCUCAUACCACACUUACUGUCAAAAAAGUACCUACGGUGGUUAAACCACUCAAUAAGGCAUAUGAGCCUGUAGAAGGAGACCAAAAUGUCCGUCUUGUGUGUAAAUUGGACGGAAUUCCAGCUCCGGAGAUCACAUGGCUGAAAGAUGGUAAAAAGAUUGUCCCUGGUGAAAAUGUUGCUAUGGAGUGGGACCCUGAGACUGGUAGCGCCGCCCUAGUGUUCAAACAGCCAAAGUGUGAGGAUUCUGGUGACUACCAGUGUGUGGCCAAGUCACCUCUUGGUACCACAAACUCUCAUACGACACUUACUGUCAAAAAAGUACCUAUGGUGGUUAAACCACUCGAUAAGGCAUAUGAGCCUGUAGAAGGAGACCAAAAUGUCCGUCUUGUGUGUAAACUGGACGGAACUCCAGCUCCGGAGAUCACAUGGCUUAAAGAUGGUAAAAAGAUUGUCCCUGGUGAAAAUGUUACUAUGGAGUGGGACCCUGAGACUGGUAGCGCCACCCUAGUGUUCAAACAGCCAAUGUGUGAGGAUUCUGGUGACUACCAGUGUGUGGCCAAGUCACCUCUUGGUACCACAAACUCUCAUACUACACUUUCUGUCAAAAAAGUACCUACGGUAGUUAAACCACUCGAUAAGGCGUAUGAGCCUGUAGAAGGAGACCAAAAUGUCCGUCUUGUGUGUAAACUGGACGGGACUCCAGCUCCGGAGAUCACAUGGCUGAAAGAUGGUAAAAAGAUUGUCCCUGGUGAAAAUGUUGCAAUGGAGUGGGAUCCUGAGACUGGUAGCGCCGCCCUAGUGUUCAAACAGCCAAUGUGUGAGGAUUCUGGUGACUACCAGUGUGUGGCCACGUCACCUGUGGGUACCACAAACUCUCAUACUACACUUACUGUCAAAAAGCUUCCCACUAUAAUUGAAGCGUUAGAAAAGUCUUACGAUACUGUAGAGGGGACUGAAAGUGUCCGCAUUGUAUGUAAGAUUGAUGGAAGGCCUCGCCCUGAAAUAUGCUGGUUAAAAAAUGGAAAGGAGAUUACUCCUGGUGAUAAGUUAUCGGUGGAAUGGGAUACAGAAACUGGUAGCGCCGCCCUGGUGUUCAAACAGCCAACAUGUGAGGAUUCUGGUGACUACCAGUGUGUGGCCACGUCAUCUGUUGGUACCACAAACACCCAAACCACACUUAAUGUCAAUAAACCACCUACCAUGACAAAACCUCUGGAAAAGAGUUAUACAUGUAAAGCUGGCGACAAGAAUUUACGUCUUGCUUGUACUGUGACGGGAAAACCGAGCCCUGAGGUGUCCUGGUCAAAAGGUGGGAAGAAAAUUAAAUCCAGUGAUGACAUCACAAUUGAGUGGAAUGCUACCACUGGUAGCGCCGCCCUGGUGUUAAAACAGCCAACAUAUCAGGACACGGGUGAAUACCAGUGCGUGGCCACGUCACCUCUUGGUAGUACUAGUACCUCUACUACUAUUAAGGUGAAAAAACCAGAGAAGAAGCCGGCCGUUGUCCAGCCGUUAGACAAAGAGUACAACUUGACCGAGACCAAGGAGACCAUCACACUAACAUUCAAGGUUGACGGGAACCCUGUACCGGAGGUGUCAUGGUUAAAGGAUGGUAAGCCAUUGGAAGCUGGUGGAAACAUCUCGUUUGGCUGGAACGCUGAAACUGGAUCAGCAAGCCUGAUUUUCAAUGGUGUUAGUGUGGGUGAUUCUGGGAAAUAUGAGUGUGUGGCCACCUCCACCAUCGGAAAAACCACCUCCAGUACCACCAUUGCUGUCAAAAAGCCAGAAAAGAAACCAACAUUUUCUACACCUCUACAGAAAGAAAACAACAAGAAGGAAGGAGAUGAAAACUUUGUGAUGACUUGCACUGUAGAAGGCAAUCCUCCUCCUCAAGUUUCAUGGAUGAAGAAUGGAGCUAAACUGGAGGCAGACGACAACAUCAGUGCACAGUAUGAUGCGGAAAAAGGCACAGCGUCCUUGACCUUCAAGGUGCUGUCAUGUGCUGACGCUGGGAAUUAUGAGUGUGUGGCGGUGUCAUCUGCUGGCACUGGAAAGUCCAAGGCAUCCUUGACAGUCAAGAGUAAGAAAUGUUUCUCACCCACAACAAAUCAGGCAUUCAUCACAUCGCACCAAGUGCCGGAGAUCAAACCUAAAUUCUCUAAGGAGCUGGACGAGACAUACAAAGUCCUAGUAGGGGACAAGAAUGUCACCCUGGCUUGUGUUGUCGAUGGCAACCCCUGUCCUGAUGUAUCCUGGUACAAGGACGGAAAGAAGGAAAAGCUUGUGGAUACAACUAAUAUGAAGAUGAAGUUUGAUCAGAGUACAGGCAAUGCGUCCCUUAUCUUUAGCAGUGUCAGUUUGUCAGAUGCCGGAAGUUACGUGUGUCUAGCAGAUUCUGCUAUUGGAAACAAGAGGAGUGAGACGUCUCUCAAGGUCACAAAGCCCGUGUGUCCACCAGUGUUUACAGAUAUGGCGACUAGUCAGACUGUACCUGUCGGAGGUGUAGCUGUCUUUAAGUGCAUCGUCACCUCCAAGUCCCCUGCCACAUUUACAUGGAAAAAAGGAGACAAAGUUCUUUCAAGCACAGACAGGAUCAAGAUCUCAGUAUCCAAGACUGACACAAGCCUGACCAUCACUGGUGUCCAGUUUGACGAUCGUGCCACUUACACCUGCUCAGCUAAGAAUGAGGAUGGCGAGGAGCACACUUCGGGAGAUCUGAAUGUGGAGGAAAAGGGUGUUAAGGGUAGACGGACACCAUUAUCGGAUGGACCCAGCUCGUUUAUCGCUGGGGAUGAGGAUGAUGUUUUUCUGCCGGAUGAUCGGAAGCCUAAAGCGAGUUACACUUGGGACACCUAUGUUCAAGAUAUAACGAUACUGGCUGAAGGACACGCCCUUUACAUAGCCGAUAACAUUAACAGUGACGAGGAAUCUGUUGUCCAACAUGAGCACUCCAAUACCAACAAUGUAGAAACUGCCAAUGAAGAAGAAUAUAUAGUUACCUUGAAGAUAAGCCCUGACCAUUAUGACUCUGAAAUGAGUCACGCAGUCACAAACACUGAAUAUGGUGCAGAAAGUCUGGAGGAUGGAACAACCGAGUCUAACAAUUCUGUGGAUCCCACCUUGUCUGUCCAGGAAGAAAAUUUGCCCUUGUCCAAUCACAAACGAACUCAGUCAGAAGAGAUGGAAAAUGAUUUUGAAUCCAAUACAAAUUUAAAUGGUGUGGUAAAUAAGAUGGAAUUGAAAGAACUUAUUCAGGAUUGUAAAACUUUGAAAACAGAGGAAGGAGAAGAGAAAGAUUGUACGAGCUCGGGUCACCCUGAAUCUCCUGUGAAACCAAUUAACUUUAGUUUUCUGAUAAAUGCCAGUCCUGAGGAUGACUCCGGAGAAGACUCUUAUUCCUAUGAGUAUUCAUCUGAGUCAGGGGAAGACUUUACCCAAACCCUCACAGGCACCCGGGACAGGGGAUACAUAGACAACAUAGGCUCUUUUGAGAGGGCAACACUUAAGGAUGUAGAACAGGUUUUACCUGACAACAGGGACACAAGACCUGGCAACAGGAACAUUGGACUUGAUGAUAGGGACGUGGGACCUGACAACAGGGACACAAGGCCUGACAACAGGGACAUUGAACUUGAUGAUAGAAUCCCGAUCAGGAACUCAGAGAUGUUGGAAGAGAUAUUGGAAGAGACUGUUGGUGGUGACUUGGAGGAAGAAGCGGGUCAGGAUGUAGUUGAUGGUGCUGUAGAAUCCAAAGUUGCUGUAGCAACAGAAUCUAAAUCAGAGACAGUAAAGGUUGCUGAAACAAAAUCUGAAACAACAGCAACACAGGAAGUGUCUGUUACCAAGGAGGAGGUCAAGGUCGUCAAGGCUAAAUCUGAGUCGGUCUCCAAACAGGAAGUAUCAGUAAAGAAAGAAGAGGCCAAGGUCACUCAGGUCACUUCAGAGUCUGUGUCGGCAGCAGGUGAGCAAUCGAUGGAGAGAUUAUCCAAAGGUGCCGAAAAUAAUGUCAAAGACAUAAACAAGUCUACAGUACAGGUGCUCCAGGAACUGGAGAGUUCGGUCAGUAAGCUGAACGAAACUCUAAGUCAAACACAAGAAACAAGUGUUGCAUCAAGUACAUCAGAUAGUAGAAUAGAAAUCGUGGAAGUCACAGCAAGGCACAUAACCAAUGAAACUUCAGAUGAGGCUAGUGAGGUGCGUCACCGUCACCAUGAUCACCACGGACCUGAAAUCAUCGUCCCCGCAAAUUCAACCAAGAUUCCUGAACACAGUGAAGUUGAGCUUAUGGUAAAAGUCAGAGCUGCUAAACAGGCCAAUGUACGCUGGAUGCAUGAAGGCGAGGUUGUACAACAGUCUGUCCAUUAUGAAAUGAUUGAAGAGGAAGAAGCCGUAACUAAGUAGACCUACUGUACCUAAAUGUCAGACAGCGCCAUAUGUGAACAUUUGUCAACUAGAAGGAUGGGAGAGAACACUGAACAUUUUAUGUCCAAUGUCACGGCUUUAUGUACAAAGUUUUAUGUGAUGAUUUUUGUUAUGUACAUCUGAUAAAAUCAUCACUACACGCCUAGCUGUUGGAACACCGUCAUGGAGAAUGUGUCUAAUGUAUUAUUAUCAAAUACCAUAACGUGUUAAGCUGUGUCAGGUUACUAUAAAUUAAUCUUGGGAGACAAUUGUUGCCGUAAAAAGAAACGGAGAGAAUUGUCUGGAUGAGAAACGCACCUCUACUUCGUGACCCGAUAUCAGUAGCGACACUGUUCAAAAUUGUGUAACUUGUGGGUAAGAAAGUACUCCAAUACCACAGCUACGUCUCCGUCAUGGGAUGUGGAUCAAAGUAUCGCCUAUAGGCCAGAAUAGAACAACAUAUUGAUUCAGAGAGCUGCUUCGUGCCUUUCAACCAUCAUAGUGUUUGCUUAUUAUGCAGGAGAAGCACCAAGCUUUAUUCAGUUAACAAUCCUAUCUGUGUAUGUUUCUUUCACAUAAUCCAAUUUUUUCACACGACAAAUAUAUCGUGUCCUCCUGUAUUACCAUAUGUUACUUGUAUAACCUCAAUUAUUAGGAUAUUAAAUAACUCAAUACAGGAAUGGUCAACCAUUGCAAGGGAGAUAAUUCUUGUAAAAGUAAAAACACUUGCCUGUCUAUUGGAACGAUACUGGUAUGAUAUGUUUUCGUGAAUGAUAGAGUGCUGGAGUCCAUGUAUUGUUAAUCUAUAGUCAGUUUGUUUUUUGUGCUUGUUUUUUUACAAAAUGAAUGAAAUAAGUAGAAAAAAUGUAAAAUUUGAUUAGAUUGUAUUGUUAUAAAAAUGUUCAAUUAGUGGUUUUCAUCCCACCUGAAUGACUUUUUUGUGUAAAGACAGCAAAACCUACUUGUCUUUCAUAGCCAGGCUUGUGAGAUGUACUACUGUUUGAGAUUUGACAAGGCUCUAGUGUUGAUGAUACAGCCCCUUGUUAUUACACCCCUGUCCUAGUUAAGACACCUGUUGUGGUAAUUAGGGCACCUUAGUGACAUCAAUACAUAUCUCACCUUAUCCAACUUUUGGGUUUGUCCAUUGAUCUUUUCUAUCCCUUCACUUCGCAAUGGACUUACCAAAAUUGUGGAAGGGUCCAUUGGGAGAUGUAGGGGUGACCAGAUAUACUCAUCAUACACAUUCCUUGGUUUCUAUUUGUAGAGAGGUCUAUGUUGUAUAUAUACACUAACUUAUGCUGUGAUUAGUAUGUACCUAUUCUUUGUGUGAACCUGACCAUUAUCUGUAUAUUGAAUGCACAACAGUUUACCAUGGGAAAGGAAUGUUAAGAAAAAAUAAAAUUGAAAAAUCUCCAAA